CGGGGGUGGAUGAGUGCGGGACAGUUAUUUUUUGAGCGUUACGGGGAUUUUUAAGAAUACGGUAUUGUUUUUGUGAAGGUGUGCAGUUGCUUUUGGAUGGGGGAUGGGUUUGCAAAAAGUUUAACCACUUAAAUGACCCAAUCUUGAGAAAUGGCCGUAUGCUGCAUGCAUCAUCUUUGUCUUUUUAUUCCACUUUCCAACUUUUUUGUCAUAACAUCCCUUGCAAUCGUAGCACGCGUUUCUAGACGUCUGUCAGGUUGUUUUCAGGGUUAUUGUACGCUAAGAGUUACAUUUACGUUCAACGCUUUCAGGCGUCAAGUGGUUAAUUGUGUCUUGCGGAUGGGACUGGCUCGACCCCCAGUUGCUGCAUUUGUCCCGGGAUAACCUGUUGAUGUCGGGAAGAUAUGGAGCCGAGCCCUGCCUCCCCCGUCGUGCUAAAUGGAGUAGAAUUAUCCACUGAAUAUUUUAUGUAUAUACAACCACCGUGCAGACAAAUAUGAAUACUUAAGAAGCUAUAGUUUGCAUACAUCUGCGUUUUAUAAUUGCUGCGUGACUCAAAGCGAUUUGGGUAUAGAUAUCCCGGUGUGUGCUGGUGGCCGUGGACUGUAACUCAACCCGACAUUAUUUUAUAGCAUUGCAUUGGCACCAACGGGGGGCGAGAGAAACGGAUGUUGGCUCCUAAAUAAUUAAUCUUUUAGACUAUUUUGGUGACAGAAUUUUUUAGGGUGUCGCAUUUUUGGCUGCGUGGUCUGGUCAGUGUCACCGCUUCAAGUGUGGAAAUAAGGCUGUCGGGUAUUAUUUCGGAUUCUUUUCCCCCCGGGGCCCGUGCCAACCCGGAGCUCGUGUCCUGCUGGGCAGCGGUGCGGGCACAUACACUCACCGGUUACAGCAGUCCUGCAGCUGGCGUCCACAUCACGCAAACACCGACGGCAUAUACCAGUCCAAUCCUGUAGUUUUGGGCGUUACGAUAUGGCUCAGAUGCUGCAGAUGGCGAUUCCCAACUUUGGCAACAAUGUUUUAGAAUGUCUUAAUGAACAAAGGCUUCAGGGUCUGUAUUGUGACGUGUCAGUGGUGGUGAAGGGUCACACGUUUAAAGCCCACCGGGCAGUCCUGGCUGCCAGCAGCUCCUACUUUCGAGAUAUAUUCAACUCCGGCAACAAGAGCUCUGCUGUGGAGUUACCACCAGCUGUUCAGCCUCAGAGUUUCCAGCAGAUCCUCUGUUUCUGCUACACCGGCCGACUAAGCAUGAACUUGGGAGAUCAGUUUCUCUUAAUGUACACGGCGGGAUUCUUGCAGAUACAGCAGAUCAUGGAAAAGGGCACGGAGUUCUUCCUGAAAGUCAGCUCACCGAGUUGUGACUCGCAGGGUCUUCACGUGGAAGAAAUGCCUUCAUCAGAGCCCCAGAGCCCUGUUACGCAAACGGCCACAGCAGCGGCUCGCCCCGCCUCCUGCCUCACGCCACUUCCGUUGGUGUCCAGGGUGAAGACGGAGCAGCAGUCUCAGGCCCAGCAGCCCCUACAUGAAGCAUCGGCGUAUUCGGUGGUUUGCGCUCCGGUCGCGAAGCGUCUGUGGGAAGGGGGAAGUCGUGAAGGAUCAGGAGGCGGCGGAGGCAUUAGGAAAGCUGCCCGUUAUUCACAGGAGGUGCCACGCGGGGUAAGUGGGACACUGCCCCAGAGUGCACCUGUAUUGGCUGGAAGCGGUACGAGUAACAGCAACAAUAAUAACAACAACAGCGGUAGCACGCCAGACGGCACCAGCCCGGGAACCCCCAGCAUGUACACAAGUGACUCGCCGAUCUCCUACCAUGAUGAUGAGGAGGAGGAGGAAAUUACAGAGGAGACGGCAGAAGAGCAGUAUAGACAGAUCUGUAACAUGUACACUAUGUACAGCAUGCUGAAUGUAGGGACAACAGCCAAUGAACGCGUGGAGUCCCUUCCGGACCACCUCACAGUUGAAUCAAGGGGAAGGGGAGUUCGAGUGCGGCAAGAACUGGCAUCUCUUCCCACGGAGCUCAUUGCACAGAUUGGAAACCGUUGUCAUGUUAAACUUUAUGAAGAAGGGGAUUCUGCUGAGAAACUGGAGCUGGUAACAGGCACCGGUGUCUUUAUAUCACGAGCUCAGCUGAUGAACUGCCAUGUAAGCGCAGGCACACGGCACAAAGUAUUGCUCAGACGGCUACUUGCUGCCUUCUUUGACCGAAGCACUCUAGCAAACAGCUGUGGGACAGGAAUUCGAUCCUCCACAAAUGACCCGAACCGCAAACCGCUGGACAGUCGGGUUCUCCACGCUGUUAAGUUUUACUGCCAGAACUUUGCUCCUAGUUUCAAGGAAAGUGAAAUGAACGCCAUCGCCGCAGACAUGUGCACUAACGCGCGUCGUGUGGUACGUAAGAGCUGGAUCCCCAAACUGAAGCUCCUGAUGGCAGAAAGCGAUGCGUAUGCUAACUUUCUUCCAGACGCUGCCAAAAUGGAGUCUGACGGCUUGGGGAUUGACCACCCCUUUGAAACGGGAUCCCUGGAAGGCGGUACGACCUCUGAAUCUGGCCAGUCAUCUACAGAUGCCCUGCAAGGGGUGAGCGGGGAUGGUAGCGGUUUGUUUUAGUGAGUAACGUAUCCAUGGUGACGCCGCCACUUUAGAUAUUCAUUCUCCUUGUUGCGUUUCUUGCCUUCACCUUGGGCGUUGAUAACAUGCUGGAGAGAGAACAUGUAAAUGAAGACUGUUGUGAAAUCCUGCUUCCAAAGCUGGUCAUUUGUAUUUCUCUGUUUGAGUGUUGAGCGUUUGCUUGUACUGUUUUGAGUUUGUGUCGGUCCUCCUCACCAUGCUGAAACACAUUUCCAAAGAGGGGGACAGAGGAGAAAAUGAGGGCUGAAGCCACAGUCCUGGUUCUGAAUUUACCUUUUUGGUGAAUCUAGAAAGUUUGUUGUUAAACAUAAGAUUUAAGAUCAUCUUUAAAUAUUUAGUAGCUGUAUAACUGUUCUCUGGACACCAUUUCUUCUUUUUACCGAGCUCCCCGUCGACCCUGAGACAGAUCAGAACUUUUAUUUUCUUUCAUAUUUUAAAUGUUUUUAGUAUUUUAAUGCCAAAUGUCCCAUGAGAGGCAGUUUGUUACAGAUGAUUGUUAAACGCAGAUGAAUCCACUUUGCUCUAUUUGAAACUACUGUUGUGUGAUAUUGAGGGUCUGUGCGAGAUUCUCACCUUUGGAAUCAACAAAAUGUGUGAUGUGUUGUCCACUUGAAAGUUUUAAGGGAAAAAUGAAAUGUGCAUGUUUUUUGCAUUAGCAAAAUCCAAAAAUAAUGUUAGAUAUUUUAUUUUGGUAUAUUACCAAGGUUUAAUGUCGUUUUUUAUUUAGUUUUAACAAAUUGGCAAGUUUAUUGCUGUCAUAUACUUGGAAAGCAAUUAAUCCCCAAGACAUUCCCAAACAUAGUCUUUUGUGUGUGUUUAGAGUAAACCAUAGCUGUGUGUGUACAGACAGAAUAUAUCGUUGGACUGGCGUCCGUGUAUGUAGCAGCUGCAGUUUAUGAUCUUACACCUGAUUGCUUCAUGCAUCUAUCACAUGUGCGUGGCGCAUUCUGCUGCGUGACGCAUUCUGACAUGCUACACCCGAGCAUGUGUGACACAUUUAAUGUCUUGAUGAAAUGGGCCGAGUGAAGUAUUAGAAACUGGCACUGAACAGCCAUUAGUCCUUCAGCUGCAGUGCUUGUGAACCACUAAAGUGGAUGCUGUUAUGUAAGUUGUAUUUAAUGGUCAUUUGAAAAGCCAGUUUUAAGUGUCUCGGUCGAUGGUGAUGUUUCAUUUUUCAAUGAAGUUGUUCUUCAAGUACUUUAUUUUCACACAAAAAAGCAGUUUUAAUCCUGGAUCUGGAGAUGAGAGCGGAUGACCGUGACAUCAGAAGCUGAAACAGAGUCAGAAGAGUAUGUUUAGGUUAGAGACCAUUAGCACACUUUAAGACACCAAAAGCAUGACCUGAACCUUCAGGGAUUUGAAGCACACUUGCGUUUUUUAGGAAAUGUAACGUGUGAUGGUGGACUGUAACGUUUGGCUUCGGUUAGGGCUGAAGAAAGACUGGUUGGACGUGUGAACAAGAUCAAGCCAAAAACACUUUGAACACACCAGUAGUCACAGUUAGGGCUGGGUGAUAUAGCAGAACGUUUCUUAGCCUUUUAGUAUUUGUAGUUGCUUUUCAAUUAAAGAAAUUAUUUCAAUCAAAUAUGUUUUUACAUUAAGACAUCAUGUGUGAAAAAUGUCCUGUUAUAUUUUAUGGAUUGACACAAAUGUUAAUGAAUUAGAUUUGGAAAAAAAUUGAAGAGUUGAACUGAUUGACAGAAAUGAAUUUUAUAUUUUCAACAUUUAAAGGAACAGUGUGUCAUUUUUUGGAGGAUCUAUUGAUAGAAAUGCAAUAUAAUAUACAUAACUGUCUUCAGAGGUGUAUAAAGACCGUACAUAAUGAAGCGUUAUGUUUUUAUUACCUUAGAAUGAGCUAUUUCUAUCUACAUACACCGCGGGUCCCCUUGCAUGGAAUUCGCCAUGUUGUUUCUACAGUAGCCCUAAACGGACAAACUGCUCUACAGAGCGCGUUUCGUAAAUACGUUAUCUCCUUCGGCGAAAACGUGACAACAUCUUAGUGCUGUGUCAGUCACCAUAUAGUGCUUUGAAAGGGAGGGAUGGAGUGAGCGCUUGGUUACAAUUUGUAACCUCACCGCUAGAUGGCACUAAAUUUCAUACACUGGACCUUUAAAACCGUUUUAAAUGUAGGUUCGGGAGGAGCCUGAUUAUACAGUUCUCUCAAUCAUUCUUCAAGUGUAUAUACUCAUCCGCCUACUUUUCUCUUGCAACAAUUCAUCUAGCAAUUUAUAUUCUUCAAUUUAUUAUCACUACCAGAAUCAUUGUGAAUUGUAUAUCACCCAGCCCUAGUCCCAAUAUUAAACAAUAUUUUUAAAAAAGGCAUAGACCCUGUAUUUGUGUGUUUCAAAAGAUUUCAAUUUCUUUAAAAGAAGGUUUGUUAAAAGAUGGCAGCUCACGUUUGUUAAUCAAAUGCACUGGACCAGGCCAUGGUAGAAAAGCAGGCAGCGUGGUCCCAAGAGACUGCACAAAUCACAGAUCGAAUGAGGGUGAGAAAUUUGCACAGAACUGUUCAGAAUUGCCAUAAAAGAUGUAAAGUUUCUGGCUGGGAGUUUGACGCAGCCAGUGCUCGACACAGAAGAGAAAGGGAUUGUGGGUUCAGAACGUCUGGUUAGUCUGCAUGCAUGCGUGCUCUGCUCCUUUUUGCGUUCGAGCCGUUUCCAUUUUUGGAGACGUGCGCUAAUGUCUACAUGUUCAUGCAAAGAGAGAGAGACACCAAAGACUGUGAUGAUGGUGCACUUGUUUGAAUGUGCGUGUCUGUGGGAGGGAGCGUUUGUGCGUCCCUUUUUUUAUUCUGAAAUAUGCGUGUAUGUCUGGUUUUCAUGUGCCAAAUGCACGUCUGAAAGGGUGCGUGGGUGGUGUUGGUGUUGGUGUGUGUGUGUGUGUGUAUGUGAUGGGCGGGUGGCUGGUAUGUGUGUAUGCAGAGAUCACAGAGCUCUGUUUGUUUUUGUCUGACUCAGUAAGGGAUAUGCAGUGCAGACGCAAGCAGAAAGGGGAGGGUAUGGAUUGGCGAAGAGAUGGAUGCUCAAACACACACACACGCACACAGAGUCUUACACACACAACUAGUGCAGUGAGCCGUUGCCCAAAUGGAGGCAUCAGACAUUAACGAAACAAACAAUUAAAUCUCAUUGAAAUCUUAAUCAGAUUAGUCUGCUUUCGUUUUCUUCAAUGUCGUCUUUACAUUCACCUUAUUUACAUUUUAAUACGCAUUCCUGAUGAUCCUAUUGUGCUCCUCCUGUUUCUCAACAGCCCGACUUUGAAACCAAUUUUGGCACUUGGAAAAUAGUGAAAGCAACUAAAUGCGAAUACAAACACGAUCUGAUGUGUGUUUGAAUGAGUGCCAAUCCUCUGUCCAAACAACAGAUGCAUGUUAAAAUGGUUUACUGUUUUUGAACACCUUUUUUAAAUAGAAAAUGUCAAAUAUAACCAUUUCGUCAUCUCAAAUGGAAUGAGGAGCUGGAUCCUCCGAGGUACAGCUAGAUAAGACCGAUGUUUCCUAACUGUUAUGAACAUAGUCGGGAAACACAGGGACCAGCAAGCACGCAUGUUCAUAGGGGCUGCAUUUGUAAUAUUCUCAACGUGUCCUCAUUCUCAUUUUAACAUGAUAUGCUAGGAAUGUUUUGCGUAUCACCUGAAGCCGAUGAGAUGAGAUUAAGUGGAACUAUUUCAUAUAGGGGUCCGACCAGGGACCUGCAUCUGCCGCUUGCGGUCUCUGAUGCAGUACCUUUAAUUCAGAGGGUGAAGCAUGAGUUAAGCUAUUGAGAGUAAAGUGUUUAUGAGUAUCGUGCAAGUCAAGCAGAACAAGAGAUGAUUUACCCUUUGGGUUAAGACACAAACAACUUUUUUAUGGUUUGAUUUUGUUUUUAUACUCAAGUAUAGAGUGUAGUGCUUGGCCAUUGAGAGAUGCUACUCAUUUUUAACAUAGAUUGUAGACCUGCUAAGUAUUUUGUAAAGGAACAUGAAAUGUACAGAAGCUAGAAGAGGACGCCAUAUUUUUGCAUUUAUAAAACUGAAGCGCUGGGAAGGGUAUUAGAUUAGUUUAGAGAGUAUUUUACUGUGUUGAAAUGUUAUUUCUGAGGUGGGGGCCACGAGUCUGAAGGAGAUGAGGUUUACGGGAUAAAGAGAAAACAACAAGAGAUGGUGGUUGUUUUUAUGCACGCCCUUAUGUCUUAAAGCAAUUUUGUAUUGAAAUGUUUUGCUGAUGAAGAGAAUCUUUAAAUGAUGUUGGUACUGCCUCUCAUGCUGUUGACAUAGAGAAAUGCGCCACCUGGUGGGAAUCUUUAAUAAAGUCUGCCGGUGAGGAAAGGAACUGCUAUGCGGUUCAUCGGUGUUGAAAGGCUGCAGUUUGACAGCUUGUUAUUUAACUUGAAGAAUUACAUUCUUGUUUUUUUAUUUUGAAUUGAAUAACCCCUGACCAAAAGAAAGUUUCUAGUGGGAAUGUUCUUAACUGCCAAAUAUAAAAUGCCAGUAUUUAUAACUAGAAUGAAUCGUCUUAGAUGAUGUUUGCAAGUGUGACGAUCAAAUCAAUCAAUAUUUAAAAUGACACUUUAUAAGCAGCUGGCCAAUAUGAGGAUUUGCAAGUAGCUAUUAUAAUCUGAGAUAAUAAUCCUAACAGAGGAAAGAAAGAAUCUUUUCUCUUGAUUGACACUUUAUGAAUUUCAACUAUGAUGCUUUUUAUCAUGAUAUAAUUAUUAAAUGACUGUUUGUAAGGAAGGAAAGAAGUGACGUGACCCCUAUAGGAUAGCAGGCUUUUUUUACCAUUUCAAAGUUAUUGAUGAUCAAAAAACCAACUCUCCAAAAACCUGCGGCCACAGAAUAAUGUAAGAUAACAUGUUUGAAUUGUUUUCUGUUUAUCUGUUGAUCAUCCCAUGACAGUGAGGCAGAGGGAAACUUGUAAAGCAGUUCCACAGCACCUUGAUUUUCUCUCUGCCUCACUAGCUGUUUCGGCAAUUUUACAUUUCGUUUAUUUUUACAUUUAUUUUUCUUAUUGAGAUAAGGCAUUGUGGGUAUAGGGAAGAGUAUGCGAACAAGAAUAGAGCAGAAUCUAAAGACCUCUGAAGAAAACGUACCUCUUUAAAUCUGGGCUUUCAAUCAGGAAUGUCAUCCUUUUUAUAAGAUGUCAAUCAUGCAACUUGACCUUCAUCGUUCUACCUUUCCUACUUGCCGUUCAAUGUACGUUUACCCAGUUCUGUGCGCAUCUGCGCUGCUGGCAACCUCAAAGACUUACAGAUAUCGAACUUGAUAUAAUGCUCGUCCCUGGCCACCAGAGACCAAUGCACAUACACACACAAGUAGGUGUGUGGAUCUACCUCCCUACACCUUUAGCCAUACCUCCCGUGGCCCUGAUACAGACGAUGUGUUGUGGUAGACUCUGUGAGCUGAUGGUGCUACUUCUCAUGAUCUUUAAACAACUAAUAGAUGUGAAUUGCACAGAUGCUUAGGAUUUGGAAUGUGGUAGAUUUAUACCUCACCAGGGGCUGGGGAGCUUCAUCACCGUGGCAACGGAGAGCAUGUCUCUGGUGUGGUCACAGGGACCCUGCAGCUAUUUUUUCCACUAUAGAUCUAUGGAGAUACAUAUGUAAAUGCAAAUAUCUAUAUACAUACUGUACAUUAUACAUGGAAACACUAUUAAUUGUUAAAUGUGCACUCACAGCAUGAGAUGUUAUUCACCAGAAAACUGCUUUUUGGAAAUAAAUGCAGUAGUGUCUACUGAUGUCAAAACCUCUGUACCCUUCACCCCAUCCUAAAGUACAUGCCCGUGUUUCCUCUGUGUUCCAAGUGCCAAUAACUUUGUGGAUUCCUUUACUGUGACCCAACAAGAAAGAAAAUUGCACAUUAACUACUGUAAAAAAACAUGGGAAAAAUCGGAAUAUCUUAAUAAAAAGGUUUGUAACAAAGAAACAUUUUGGUUGGUUGUUUUAAUGUAUCAUUCAUCUAAAAAAUGAGAAUGUGUGUCAAAUGCAUAUACUUUAUUCAGUAACCCAUCUGGAGUCCCCAAGGUGCCAAUAUAGGCAAGGCAAACAUUUCAUAUAAUACAGUCGUAAGAAAAUGCUUACAAAUACAAAUGACAAGGGAAUUCGAAUUCAAUCUUCAUACUUAGGCAGCACAUAAAUGACACCAGUCAUUGCUUUACACGUUAAAAUCAAAUGCGUACCAAAUCUCCCGAAAUAGGCAUGUAAGAGGUAAAACGUUUAGUAAUGUUCCACUUAUUGAAUGACAGUGGGUAUUGACAAUCAUUAAGGCUUACAGAAGUAGAUUAUAUCGUUUUUAAGGGUUCCAAAAUCUUGUAUGAAUGCACAAAUGCAACUGAAAUAAGACAAGGUUUAACAUGGGCUUUAUAUUAAACAACGUACAUUCACCCACAGACACAUAGUGUCCUUACACUUUGAUUUGGAAGCAACUCAUUGGCACAAGAACAUGAGUACAAUAUGCUCGAUAUCAUGCCCACAGACAGACGGGCACGUUAUAACAUCCAAUCUCUUGCAACGACAGAAGGUCAAUAACUGUUAACGGAUGAUCGUGGGGCCUGUAAGGAGCACAGACAGUUAAUAUCAGUCAUUACCAGAACAUACAUUGUAUCUCACUGCUUUAGACUGCGAUUACUUAAAAACUUUGGCUACCAGCACGUUCCUUUAAAAUUUUAUUUUAGUAUGAAAUACCACUGCAGCAUGAAGUGAAAGCUUUGAAGAAUGUCUCUGUUAAAACGUCCCAACCUUACAGUCAAAUGUACAAAGUUACUCGUUAAAUUAAAAUUUAAAGCUAAAUGCUUCGGCAUGCAGCACUUCCAGGAAAAUUCAAGAGUUCAAGUGCAGGCAAGUUAGGUGACUUUUCCCGCCAUAAAAAUGUCAGCAAGAUGUUAUUUGUUAAGACUGCAAAGAUGAUGCAAUAAAGAUGUAAGAUAAAUCCACGAAGGAAGGGCAAACUGUGCAAAUUGUCUGUUGACCUCUUUUAAACUCUUUAUGAAACUCUGUUGAAUAAGCUUCUUAAUCACUGUUAUAUAUAUGGUCCUGUAUGGGUUUUUAUAAAAAAACAGGGUUUUUAUAAAAGAUCUUCCAGUGACCAUUACAGAUUCAUAGGGUUACAUUGUGCUUUAACUGCAUAUUGAUAUCAUCCACUUUUGGUUUUGGAAACCAACCACUAAUGCAAGUGUCUUUGAAGGGCAUACAUAUCACGAUCUGAUCAAUUUGAAAACUAAAAUAAAACAUAAAGAGAAAACAAGGCAAUAUCAAACACCUCACCACGACACAUCUUUGUACCACAAUAAAAAAAUGAAGAAAUAUAACUGUUAACUUCCAUCUCAGCACCUUCUGGAGUCGAAUCCAAGGCAGUCGAAGAAACAGGGAGAGUCGGAAAUAAACAUUUGGGUUAUAGAUAAAAACAAAAGGCAAGGGAGGAAUAUAAAAA